GGGCGCCUUCGCGCCUGCGCGCCGCUGGCCGACCGAGCGGACCCUGCCGAUGACGAGCGGGCGCUACGUCCCGCGGUCGGAGCCGCGUUGUUUCCCGGCUCCGCCACCGGCCGGGGCUCGGGUGGGGGCCCGGGCCCCCGGGGCAUGGCCCUCCGGAGUGCGCAGGGCGACGGCCCCAACUCCAGCCACUGGGACGGCGGCGCGGAGAAGGCAGACUUUAACGCCAAAAGGAAAAAGAAAGUGGCAGAGAUACACCAGGCUCUGAACAGUGAUCCCACUGAUGUGGCUGCCCUUAGACGCAUGGCUAUCAGUGAAGGAGGGCUCCUGACUGAUGAGAUCAGACGAAAAGUGUGGCCCAAGCUCCUCAAUGUCAGUGCCAAUGACCCACCUCCUAUAUCAGGGAAGAACCUACGGCAGAUGAGCAAGGACUACCAACAAGUGUUGCUGGACGUCCGGCGGUCGUUGCGGCGGUUCCCUCCUGGCAUGCCAGAAGAACAGAGAGAAGGGCUCCAGGAAGAACUGAUUGACAUCAUCCUCCUCAUCUUGGAGCGCAACCCUCAGCUGCACUACUACCAGGGCUACCAUGACAUUGUGGUCACAUUUCUGCUGGUGGUAGGCGAGAGGCUGGCAACAUCCCUGGUAGAAAAAUUAUCUACCCACCACCUCAGGGAUUUUAUGGAUCCAACAAUGGACAACACCAAGCAUAUAUUAAACUAUCUGAUGCCCAUCAUUGACCAGGUGAAUCCAGAGCUCCAUGACUUCAUGCAGAGUGCUGAGGUGGGGACCAUCUUUGCCCUCAGCUGGCUCAUCACCUGGUUUGGGCAUGUCCUGUCUGACUUCAGGCACGUCGUGCGGUUAUAUGACUUCUUCCUGGCCUGCCACCCACUGAUGCCCAUUUACUUUGCAGCCGUGAUUGUGUUGUAUCGCGAGCAGGAAGUCCUGGACUGUGACUGUGACAUGGCCUCGGUUCACCACCUGUUGUCCCAGAUCCCUCAGGACUUGCCCUAUGAGACACUGAUCAGCAGAGCAGGAGACCUUUUUGUUCAGUUUCCCCCAUCCGAACUUGCUCGGGAGGCCGCCGCCCAACAGCAAGCCGAGAGGACGGCAGCCUCUACCUUCAAAGACUUUGAGCUGGCAUCAGCCCAGCAGAGGCCUGAUAUGGUGCUGCGGCAGCGGUUUCGGGGACUUCUGCGGCCUGAAGAUCGAACAAAAGAUGUCCUGACCAAACCAAGGACCAACCGCUUUGUGAAAUUGGCAGUGAUGGGGCUGACGGUGGCACUUGGAGCGGCCGCACUGGCUGUGGUGAAAAGUGCCCUGGAGUGGGCCCCUAAGUUUCAGCUGCAGCUGUUUCCCUGAAAGCCAGAGAAGACCUUCCUCUUACAUCACAUUAAGGUCUCACCCUUCCAUGGAAGGAUUGGGAGGGGUGGAAUUUCCUUUAUUAAAAGGGUUUCUGUCUAGAGUUUUCUA